AUGUGGCCAGACCUUCUCUUAAAGGCUAAACAAGGAGGUUUGAAUGUGAUUCAAACUUAUGUGUUUUGGAACAUUCACGAGCCUGAACAAGGGAAGUUCAAUUUUGAAGGAAAUUAUGAUUUGGUGAAAUUCAUCAAGAUGAUUGGGGAGCAUGGAAUGUAUGUAACCCUCAGGAUUGGGCCAUUCAUCCAAGCAGAAUGGAACCACGGAGGACUUCCAUAUUGGCUAAGGGAGAUCCCUGACAUAACAUUCCGCUCUGAUAACCCACCAUUCAAGUACUACAUGAAAAGAUAUGUGAAGAUGAUUGUCAAGAUGAUGAAAGAGGAGAAACUAUUUGCUUCACAAGGAGGCCCCAUCAUCUUAUCACAGAUUGAAAAUGAAUACAACCAUAUCCAACUUGCAUUUAAAGAGUUGGGAGACAGAUAUGUUCAAUGGGCAGCAAAAACGGCAGUGUCACAGAAAACUGGAGUUCCAUGGAUCAUGUGCAAGCAAAAGGAUGCUCCUGACCCAGUGAUCAAUACAUGCAAUGGAAGACACUGCGGAGACACUUUCACAGGCCCAAACAAACCCUACAAACCUUCUUUAUGGACUGAGAACUGGACUGCCCAGUAUAGAGUAUUUGGAGACCCUCCAUCUCAAAGAGCAGCUGAAGAUAUUGCAUACUCAGUUGCCCGCUUCUUCUCAAAGAAUGGAACUCUGGUCAACUACUAUAUGUACCAUGGUGGGACAAACUUUGGCAGAACAAGCGCAGUCUUUACAACAACUCGCUACUAUGAUGAAGCUCCUCUUGAUGAAUAUGGUUUGCUGAGGGAACCCAAAUGGGGUCACCUUAAGGAUGUGCACAAGGCUCUAAAAUUAUGCAAAAAGGCUCUACUUUGGGGUACUCCUGGUAACCAAAUUUUGGGCAAGGAUACAGAUGCUCAAUUCUAUGAAAAGCCUGGAACCAAUAUUUGUGCUGCAUUUUUGACCAAUACCAACAGUAGGGUGCCAGCAACUGUUAGUUUCAGGGGUCAGGCAUACUACCUGCCAGCGCGUUCCAUUAGCAUCCUCCCUGAUUGCAAGACUGUUGUCCUCAACACUCAAACAAUUGUAGCACAACAUAAUGCAAGGAACUUCAAGAAAUCAAAGGUUGCAAGCAAUCUUAAAUGGGAAAAAUCCUCAGAACCCAUCCCAACCGUUGAGCAACUGCCAAUUGAUUCCAAGAAUCCAAAGGAGCUCUAUGGUUUGCUGAAGGAUACGACAGAUUAUGCAUGGUACACCACUAAAAUAGAAUUGGAUCCUCAUGACUUGAACUCGAGGGAAGAUAUUAACCCAGUACUUCGUGUUGCAAGUCUUGGUCAUGCCUUGCUUGCAUUUGUGAAUGGCAAAUAUGUUGGAUCGGGACAUGGGAGCCAUGACGAAAAGAGCUUUGUGUUUGGGCAUGGUGUGGAUUUCCAUCCCGGGGUUAACUAUAUAACAUUGCUUUGCAUGACAGUGGGACUCCCAGAUAGUGGAGCCUACAUGGAGCACAGGUUUGCUGGUCCUCGUGCUGUAACCGUCUUAGGUUUGAACACUGGAACACUUGAUCUGACAGCCAAUGGUUGGGGACAUAAGGUUGGCCUACAAGGAGAAAAGCUUCGCGUGUACACUCAGGCAGGAUCACACAGGGUACAAUGGAGCAAUGUCGAUGAUAAUCGACCGGCUCUUACAUGGUACAAGACAUAUUUUGAUGCUCCUGAAGGGCAUGACCCAGUUGCAAUCAGGAUGAAUGGUAUGGGCAAGGGAAUGAUUUGGGUUAACGGUAAAAGCAUUGGCCGUCAUUGGAUGUCCUACCUCUCUCCUCUUGGAAAGCCUUCUCAAUCAGAGUACCAUAUCCCAAGAGCCUUCAUAAAGCCAACACAAAAUCUCCUUGUUGUAUUGGAGGAGGAGGAAGCGAGCCCUGAAAAAAUUGAUAUCUUGAUUGUCAAUAGAGAUACAGUCUGUAGCAUCAUAACUGAGCAUCAUCCACCUAAUGUGAAGUCAUGGGAAAGGAAGGACAGCCAUAUUAGACCUGUAGUGGUUGAUAUGAAGCCAGAAGCUCAUCUCAAGUGCCCAAACAACAGAGAUAUUGUAUCUGUGGAGUUUGCUAGCUAUGGUGAUCCUUAUGGUACUUGUGGAAGCUUUGUUACGGGCAAAUGCCAUGCUGCUAUUACCAAGGAGAUUGUUGAACAGCAUUGCUUGGGAAAAACUAGCUGUUCAAUUCCAAUGCACCCAGACGUUUUCUUCAAAAACAAUGAUGCUUGUCCAAGUGUUGAGAAGAAACUUGCUAUUGAAGUGAGGUGCGGCCGCAGCAAGAACCAUUAGAGAAUAUCAGACAGAGUCAUGAAUGUCUGUGAUUAUGGAUUUGAAGUGGGGUUAAAAGCUUGUAACAGUUUCAAUGGCAAAGUAGACUAAGAGUUAUUGAAAUUCAAAUUUAUUCUUUUUAACAAGUA